AUGAGCACCUCCUGUGGCCAGGAUAAGCUUGACGUGAGCGAUGGGGAGGUGGUGAUCAACCCUACGACAUAUUCAAGAUCCAAUGCCCGCAACUUUGCGGUAGUUAUGGAUCUCAUUGAGCAUCUCAUUCCGGCAAACGCAAUUCACGUUUUGUCUUGCUGCAUCCUUCCGAUCUAUCCCGAUCAGAAAAAGGCUUACGUCGAUGCAAUCUUUCGCGCAAACUCGACAUUGCUUGGGCCUCAAAACGCUACGCCUAUGCAGUUCACCGGACGACAAAAAACUCCUCCAGGACGCGAGACAGGCGUGGGAGGAGAUCAAAACCAGGCUGACCUGUCAGUGACAGAGCUAGGCCUUGUCUUUGGAGAUUUCCAAGCCACUGCAGGCCCAAAUACUGAUGUACGGGACGUUGGCCUGCUUUUUCUGCCGAGAUUGAACGUCCUCGGCGUGGGCGUGCUCAAAAAAUUUUGGACGGUCGAGCUUGAAAAGUACCUGGUCAAUGGAGGUGCCGCGGACUAG